AUGGGUAAGGUUCACGGCUCUCUCGCCCGUGCCGGUAAGGUCAAGGCUGCCACUCCUAAGGUCGAGCCCCAGGAGAAGAAGAAGAACCCCAAGGGUCGCGCCUACAAGCGUGUCCUCUACACUCGCCGUUUCGUCAACGUUACCAUGACCGGUGGCAAGCGCAAGAUGAACCCCAACCCGGCCAAUAGAUUAUUCAAGUCGUUAAAACAACCACCUGAGCCGCGAUCGGCUAGUCGAGUUCUACGAUGA